CAGGCCUUGUAUCGUCUCAGUCUCAGAUUUCAAUCUCAAUCUCAGUUCCCUCAAUCUCAGAUUUCAUCCCAAUCUCAAUCUCAGUCUAUUUUUCUUUUCCCCCAGUUGUUGGUGAUACUUGCAACCAUCACCAUCACCAUCACCAUCAACAUCAGCUGCUGCUUGUUUGGAUGAGUCGAACAACGCGUGAUCCGCUUCGGCUUCGACUUCCGCUUCGGCUGACGCUGGCUGUGGCUGUGGCUAUGGCUAUGACUGUGGUCGCCGGUGCAUCUGCUGCCUCGUCGUCGUCGUCGUCGGCGGUGCCAAAGCGCACCGUGCAUGGCGAGUGCGCAGUCAACUAUCACGGCGCGUGCAAGUGCACUGUGGACGAGUGCGAUGCCCCAGAGCCCCUCGGCACCCUGGCAGCCAACGACAUUGCCAUCUACUCGACCACCCUGUCGGGCGAUCGCCUCAAGCGAACCGUCAAGAAGUUUGAUGCAACGGCUACCACAUCAUCCACAGUCAAGAUCGGAUACGACACACCGCUGCAAUCGAUUGUUGGCGUGGGCACAGCGUUCACGGACGCCAUGGCUGUCAACGUGGGUGCCAUGACCGCCGACAUCCAAGAGCUCAUCUUGGAAAACUACUAUGGCGCAACGGGACUCGGCUACGCCCUCGGACGCAUCCCGAUUGCGAGCUGCGAUUUCAGCACGCACAUGUACUCUUACAACGAUCUGUACGGUGACUACCAGAUGACCAACUUUAGCGUCGACGUGGACGUUGCCAGCGGCAAGAUUGGCAUGAUUCAGAAAGCGCUCAGCCUGCGCCAGGAAGCGCUGCAGGCCGGUUUGUUUUCGGCGCCGCUGGGUCCCAUCGACGACGCUGCCCUGGGCCCUGUCGGUGUGCUGACCAACAACCACUCGAUGGUGCUGUUUGCCUCGUCCUGGUCUCCGCCGGCAUGGCUCAAGACGACGCAGAGCCGCGUGAAGGGCUCGCUCAACGGCACCGCUGGUGAUGCCGUGCACAAGGCGUAUGCGCUGUAUCUUUCCAAGUUCCUGGACGCCUACGCUGCGCAUGGCAUCGAGGUGGCUUACCUCAGCAUGCAAAACGAGCCGUCGAUGUCCGUCAGGUGGGACUCUUGCUUUUUCUCGCCCGUGACGGAGCGCGACUUUAUCAAGACCGACCUCGGCCCGCUCAUGCGGCAAAACCACCCCGAUGUUGGCUUGAUCAUGCUCGACGAUCAGCGCCUCGAGAUGGAUAUCUGGCUGGACAUUGUGCUGUCCGACGCCGAUGCUGCCCAGUACGUGAACGUCACCGGCAUGCACUGGUACUCGAGUGCCAACGAUGUCCUCGACGAGUUCCAGUACCUGCGCUACGCGCACGACAAGUACCCCAACAUGCUCUUGCUUGCGACGGAGGCAUGUGCUGGCGAGGAGGUCAUCGACCGUGGAGUCGUCUUUGGCAGCUGGUACCGCGGAAUCACCUACUUUAAGGACAUUUCCGGCGACUUUAACAACUGGGCGAUUGGCUGGACUGAUUGGCCAGGCGUUGUUGACCUCCAAGGCGGUCCGAACCACGCUGGUAACUGGGUCGACUCUGCCAUCGUGGCAAACACGACCGCAGGAACCGAAUUCUACAAAAACCCUAUGUUCUACGCGCUGGGCCACUUUUCGCUGUUUGCUCCCGCCAACUCGUCGCGCCUGGAGGUGACUGUGCAGUACGGUCCAGACCAGCCCAACACGCUCAAGCUGGAGAUUACCGCAUUCCUGCGACCCGACGGCCUUGUUUCCGUCAUGAUUGGCAAUACGGACGAGAUUCAUCCUCGCGCGAUUUCCAUUGCGCAUCCGACCCAGGGCUACAUCAACCUGGUUGUUCCGAAUGCGUCCAUGCAGACGCUGGUGUUCAAGCUGUAGAGAGAUUGGUCCUGGUGUGUGCACAAAGUACAAAAUGCAAGUGUCUUUUGAUGUUCAUUUGCUCUCAUUGAAGCGACGCCAUUCUUCC